AUGACCGAGUGGUACGUAUCAGAGGGCCUCUCUUUGGCCCACCAGAAAACUGAGGCCAUUAUGCUAACAGCAAGAAAGAUCCCUAAACCGUUAACCUUCAAGUGCGGAGACAGCGAUAUUACGGUCCAGGAGAAAGCACUGAAUUACGCCAGUGCACUAUCGUUACUGAUGCCUAAUGCGUACAGUGCUGGAAACCUCCCACGGAGAUUAUACUACAGGGUCGUGGAGGCAGUGAUCAUGUACGCAGCACCAAUCUGGGGGACGAGCCUGGUGUUUAAAGGCAACGUAGACCUAAUAAACGGAAUGCAACGCACGGCAUUACUUAGGGUGGCAAGAGCCUACUGCACCACCUCGGCAGACGCGCUGUGUGUAAUCACGGGCCACAUACCACUUGACUUGCUAGUGGGUGAGAGGAUGAGGCUUUUCGAGAAAAGAAGUAAAAACCCGAACAAAGCCCUGAAUGACAGAGACAAAGAAGAGGAAAGAAAGAACACCAUGGCAAGGUGGCAGGAGCAUUGGGGCUCCUCAAUGAAGGGACGUUGGACAUACAGGUUGAUCCCAAACAUAGGUGAAUGGUACAACUGGGGCCCAGGACUGCUGGAUUACCAUCUCACCCAAGCCCUUAUAGGACAUGGGUGUUUCGGCAUGUACCUAAAAAAGUUUAAAAAACAGGAAAGUGCAGACUGCUGGUUUUGCCCGGGGAUAACGGACGACCCAGAACAUACCAUUUUUUAG